AUGCAGGAAGGGGAAAAGAUUAUUACAAUAUCCUACCUCUUAGACGGGAAUGGAUUUCAAGACCAAGAUGCAGGUAACGACGCAAAACUAAAAAACUGGGUCAAGGAUGUCCAAAAAGAGGCACAAACGCUGUUAAAGCAACAAACAAAAGCGGAAAUCAAAUUCGAUAUUAAAAAGAUCAGCCUGAGUGAUAAGGAACUUACAGGAAAGCUACUCAGCUGGACCAGUAUGGGUAGCUGCGGUAGCGAGAGUCUAAUGAAUGCUGGCAAGGUCCUGGGUGCAAUAAAAUUGGAAUCAACGUACUGGCCUCUCCGGCCACAUAUCAUAUGUGUCCUUACAAAACUAAAACUCUACCAAGACGAUGAAAUUAAUAUUCAAGGUUAUGCAAUGCACAAAUCCCUUUGCACCUCUACGGUGCCAAUGCUUUUAACUUAUAAUCAAGACAACAUGAAAAUUACUGGGCAUCUUUUACAUGAACUAGUAAUGAACAGCACUGCCUAUCACUUCCGUAAUAUGGGACAAUACUUCGAUAAAUGCAACAAUAGAAGAAUGUUUGAUGACAAGUGCGCUAAACGAUUGCCACGUACUAAGUAA